AUGAAGGGACUUGAACCCGAUAUUGUACCUUCUACAUUUGAGGAGAAUUUGGAUUUUUAUCAAUUUCCCGAUCCUCAUGAAUACCCGGUGGCAACGGCGACACACAAGGCUGUCGAAGUUUAUGAGAAAUUGGUGCGGGAAGAUCCUGAUAACGCACCGGAUCUAGUUAUCGCGGCUGACACGGUGGUGCUAACUCAUCCCCAACCGGUUACAUCUGACAUAUCGUAUUCGAUGCUUCCUCCAACACCACAAGAGUUACUUGAAAAGCCGACAUCGAAGGAGGAUAAUAUGCGUAUGUUGUUGGAUCUAAAUGGGAAUGUUUCGUACCCGAUUCUUACAGCCCCAGGGUACAAUAUCAAAUCGAUAGACGAACGAACACUUGUCCAUUUUGUUGAUAGCCCAAAACAUGUUAUUGAGGCUUAUGUCGACAGUGGAGAGGGUAUUGAUCGUGCCGGAGGCUUUGCUAUCCAGGGACUUGGUGGAGUCCUAGUGCGUAAGAUCGAAGGUGAUUAUAACAAUGUCGUUGGGUUUCCGGCGGCCUCGUUCUUCACGCUCCUUGAUUUACUGGUGGAUGAAGAUCCAGAUUUUUUGGAAGUUUGA